AUGGCCUUGAUUUCUCACUCCCUAGUGUUUUUUAUGGUGUCCAACAAUGCCGGAGCCAGCACCGGUGCUGCCCGUUUCGACAAAGAAAUAGGUGCAGAUUAUGCCAAGCAAACACUCAGCUCAGCCACAGAAUUCAUACAGAAACUCUUUCAACAGAACAAUAAUGUUGACGCCAAGAGUGUCGAAAUAGUCAAUGUAACAAUUGAAAAUAUAGACGGCAUUGCAUUUGCCAGUAAUGACAUAAUUCAUAUAAGUGCGGCCUUUAUUGAAAAAUAUCGUGGAGAUAUAAAAAAAGAGAUUAUUGGGUUGAUAUAUCACGAAUUGGCUCAUAUAUUGCUGUGGAACGGAAACAGCAUGGCUCCUUCAGGACUCACCGAGGGCAUAGCUGAUUUUGUGAGGAUGAAGGCUGGUUAUGCUUCAGAUCAAUGGAGUCCUCCGGGUGUAGGGGACCAAUGGGACCAAGGAUAUGAGGUCACAGCUCACUUUUUGGACUUCUGUGAUAACAUCAAAAAUGGGUUUAUGGCGGAUUUGAACACGAUGAUGAAGACGAGUUAUAGUGAGAGUUACUUUAAUGACUUGCUAGGGAAGCCGGUUGCUCAGCUGUGGAGUGACUAUAAAGCCAUGUAUAAUAAUAACACUAACUAA